AAGUAGUACCAAUUUUGGGCGUUGUGGGGUGUGAAUACAUUCCCCACACGUAAUCGUACUCCCGAACCCCAAAUCUCUAAAAUUUCGCAGACCAAAUCCCGAUUCUGACCUCGAGGUUGGAAUCGGACAAAAGGUGUUCGAUCCACCACGAAUAAGAUCGAUGGCGACUCUGAACGAUUCGCGACAGAUCCCCCGAUCUCGAAGGGAAGGUUGCGACACAGGGUAGUUACACCAGAGGAGGGUACAGAGGAGGUCAGGGUGGUGGCUGAUCUUAUUGACCAUGAGAGCAGAACAUGGAGAUAUAACUACCUACAGCAUUACUUCAACCCCAUUGACCGAGAGUGGAAUUUGGGAAUCCCAAUCCCUAGACAUCCAAUUGGUGAUGAUCGAGUAUGUAGCCAUGAAAGAACAGGACUAUAUUCGGUUAAGACAGCGUACAAACUAGCUCAGAAGAGUGCUGACACCAACCAGGUGAUCGAGGUGGAAGAGGAAAAAGAUUGGGAGGAGAAGGUACCAGGAGAGGUGGAGGUUUAUGACCCGAUGAAUUGGAAAAGGCUUUGGAAAAUCAAAAUACCAGCGAAGGUUAAAAUAUUUUCCUGGAAGCUAGUCCACAACAUCCUACCAACGGGCAAGAACAUUGAGGCCAGGAAAAAGGAAGCAGCGACUGAGUGCCCUUUUUGCCACUUAGAGGAGACGCAAAAUCUUGCGUUCAGAGAAUGCCAAUGGGCAAUCAGGGUGUGGAGACCAUCAAUGUUCCGUCCCUUAUUUGAAUUAGAACCAAAGGUGUCAUCGUGCAGCUGGAUGUGUGAAGUAAUGGAUCGGGCUGAUGAUGAAACGGUGGAGCAAUUCGUGAUUCUCCUUUGGAUGAUGUGGAAUGAGCGAAACAAUCAACUAUUCAAUCGGAAGAAGGCGGAGGAAUGAGAGAUUGUGGGGAAGGCCCUAGACUACUGGGAGGAAUACACAACCUACCAUAGAAAGGAGAAGCACAGGCGAGAAGCAGAAGUCACUACCUGGAAACGGCCACCAAUAGGAUGGGUGAAGGUAAAUGUUGAUGAUGCAGUGAUGAAGGGAGAAGGAACGGGCUUUGGGAUGGUCAUGCGAGAUGAGAAUGGUGCCUUCCUGCGAGCUGCAACUCGAUGGGAGAAGGAUUGCUGGCCGCCGGAAAUCGCCGAAAUGAAGGCGGUGGAGUUUGGGUUGCGGCAGCUGGAAAUGAGUGGCCAUGGUCGGGCGAUAGUGGAAAUGGAUUGCCGGGGAGUGGCUACCGCUCUUCAGAAGACAAACCAAACGAGAUUGGAGGGUUGGCUGGUUAUCCGCGAUCUGCAGGCUGAGGCCCAGAGAUUGGAUACAAUUAGUUGGAGCUUUAUUAAAAGAGCUGGGAAUAACUCGGCCCAUAUCAUGGCGCAUACUCCUUGUAAUUGGAAGACCCAGGAAAUCUGGGAAUCCAGACCCCCUAUUUUCCUCCUAUACGUUUUGGCUAAGGAAAGAAAACCCAAAUGCUUGCAAAAUUGAAGAAGGAUGACUAAAUCAAGAAGGAGAAGAUGGAUCUAGUCAAAGAUCUCCACAAGAUAUGUGUUCUUCCUUCUCCUUAUAGACACUCUCAAUGUUCUAACUUUUCUAGUUGCUUAGAAGAUAAACUCUAAUUUAUAUAUUUAAUUUGAGAUUAUAUGUAAACUUUAAGUGUCAACUUAUCCUCUAUAUCUAGCGUCCUGUAAUAUCUAUGAUUUUCUCUAUCUAUAACUAAAAAAAUAUUUUGCUGGAUUACUUCAUCUAAUUACGAUAACAAAUUCCAAUUCACUGUUCAUAAUUAAGUAUUGUUCUAAUCUCAUGUGGCCCUAUGUACAUUAACCCUUUUGGAUCGCCUGAAAGCUAGCACUAUUGCAUCUCAAUAUUCUUUUUCAAUUUCUUUAUGUAUGUUUCUUUUAAGGCAUCCUCAGCACUUUCAAUUGACAUCAUUCGCAUAAUUAAAAGCAAGGUUUAAAACAACUGUACUGUAUCGGUGGUUUGACCAAAAAAGUCUCUUAUUGGAAGUAAAAUUGGUAGGCGGUAUUUAGCGGUAUUACAAUUGAACUACGGUUAAACCACGAUUUCAGCAUAAAAUACCCUACUGCUCACUAUUUCACUACAACCGGUAUAAUUUUUCAAUCCUUGAUUAAAAGCUCAACCAACUUCACUUUUGCAUAUGAAAAAUAGUCACAGAAUAAAAUAAAAUUCCCAACUGGUACUCUCACAAGAGUUUCUAUUCUUUACACACAAUUUCACCAUAAAAGCUCUUUUUUGUGCGAAUAAAAGCUCUUUUAUUUGUACGAAACAAUGAUUUCGAAUAGCAAUUUUUUUUUUGCCAUAGAUAUUCCGGAAGGAAUAAGCCAGAUACGAGUAAUACAUGACCUUUUCAGUCCAAAAUAAAAAAAGAAAUAAGAAGGGAAUGUUGGUCAACGAGAUGCUGAACCAAUGAUAAGAGGUCUUGUUUUGCCACGAUAUGGCAGCCCUAUUGUACCUACGCGGCGCGAAAUGAAACGAGACACGCUGGAAGGAUGUUCUCAGCACCUGAACCUCUUUCAGAAUAGCACCUCCCAAUAAGUGAGCUGAAUCGUUCGCGUUGACCAUGCGGAUGAGUACCUGCGCAUCACCACAAAAAUAGACAUUAGAUAUAGAGUGAUUAAUGCACCAAAGCAUGGCAUCACGUAGCGCCAUUAAUUCAAGGAGGAAAGGGUCAGUAACUUCCGCAGACCGGCCAAAGGCGAAAUUGAGCACUCAAUUUUGUGUGAAUCCAACAAAUCCAAUAUCACCACCGAUGGACUCCUUAGUGGCCCCAUCGAAAUGUACAAGGAAAGUGUCUUCGGGUAUGGCUGGAGGAACAGAGGAGCGGCCUGAAGAUGAUGCUACAUGAUGAUUUUGCUGUCAAUUUCGACGGGACGGAGCUGCUUGUGCAUUGUCCCAUUCCAGCACCUGGUUAUCAAAUUGCCUCAAGAUAAUGUGAGGUAGAAAUAAGGUAUAAUCAUACGUCGAGGAGCAUCUAACCUUCCAUAUCCUCCAAUAUAAGAAAACCAGCCUUGCAAUUGUUGUCUUAUCUAAACCUACAGAAAAAAGAGAAAGCGUCAUCCCACAGCAAUAUGCAUAGAAUUUAUCAUUCAAUAUAUGUGAAUAUUCGGCUAACUUCCAUAAGCUCACUGCAGAACGACAAUGUAAGAAGCAGUGGUUUAGAGUUUCAGAAGGUUCUGAACAGACUGGGCAAAGCAAGGCCUCCUCAUCUUCUUCAUCGAUCAAUUCCUUAUCUCGUAACACAUCCCUAACUGGUAAGAAACCUCACUCUCCAUAGGAAAAAUUUUAACUUAGGAGGCACUGGAAUUGACCAAAGAUAUUUCCAUGCUUUCAUAUCAAAGAUUAUAGGGAUGGUAGAGAGAUCACGUACAAACUCUGCUGCUGCAAGUCAAUAACCAGAUUUUACAGAA